CAACAAUAUCGCUCAUCAUCAUUAUGUUUGAGCGAUAUUCGAAUGACACAAUUACUUGAGGAAAUUAAUACAUUAACUGAUUCAUUGCAAAAGAAUUUCAAAUCAUUACCUGAAAAUGUUGAUAACAACAAUAAUAAUACUAAUAAUAAUGAUGAUCAGAAAUCAAACGAAAUGACAACAACAUCGACAACAACACACGCCUCUUAUAAUGAUGAAAUACAAAGACGUACAAUAAUUAAGCGUAAAAAGAUCCCAGUUCGAAGUGAUUUAUUUAACAUUUCAUUCAAUAAUAAUGAUAAUGCUAAUAGUUUGGAUGACAAUGUUAAUACGACGAAUCUCAUCCUCCCAUCAACAUUAACAUCAAUUACUGAUGUGUUGAAUUCAGAAACAGAUAAACCGAUAACAAGCAGUGGGGAUUCUGGUGUAUUUUUGAUGGCAUCACAAAAAUUGGUUUCGGAUAAUGAUGAAAAUGUCAAUCGAGAAAAUCUGGAGAAUAAAUCAAAAAUUGAUAAAAUUGCAGCCACCAUAAAAGAAGAAGACGAAUCUGAAACUAAAUCUAAACAAAUAGCUAUUGAUGAGCCGCCAAAAUUACCACCACGAAAACCAUCCAGAUCAGAUGUGAUACCCACUGGAAUGGAUAGAGUUGAAACUUAUCAUGAACGAUUGGAAAUUGAACAUUUGCAUAAUGAUACUUUAUCAUUACAACGAAGUGGUUAUCUUUGGAAAACUGGACCAAAUUAUAAAAGUUUCAAAAAUCGAUGGUGUGUUCUUUAUCGUCAUAGCCAAAAUUAUUUUGAUGCAAAUUUGUCAUAUUAUUUUAAUCGAUCAUCAAUGUCGGCUUCGUUGAGUGGAAAAAUUUUAUUAGCCGAAAUCGAAUUCAUUUCGAUAACAGAAACGAUACCAUUAAAAACACGUUUACCAAAAAUUGAAAAACCUAACAGCAAUCGUCGUUCAUCAAAAUCAUCAAUAGAAUCUAUUAAUAAAAAUCAUAUUAGUGAUAAUGAUGAUUUGGCAAAUGGUGGAAAUCAUUCGUUAUGUUUUUUUGAAAUCGGUGUCAAAACCAGACAAGGUCGAAUUUAUUUAUUUGCCGCACGAUCCGAUACUGAUCGACAACAAUGGAUACAUGCAUUCGUACAGGCCACGACCUUACAUGCAUUCAAAAAUAAAGAAAUUUAUCAUUGUGGAUUUGUCAAGGCAAAAUUCACCAUAACGGCUGAAUGGCAAACUUGUUUUGCAUUGUUGACAACCGAUAGAUUUUUCUAUGUAUUUGAAUUGAGCGAAAAUGGUUCGACAAUACCGACAUUAGAUUGUGGAAAAUAUCAUAUAUUUAAUUUGAGAAAAACGGUACGGCUUAAUAAAAUGGAUGAAAAAAGUUCGACAAACGAUGAAAAUUAUGGCCACAUUAAUCGUAAAAAUAGUGAUUCAUUUCGAGAAUGUUGUACUAUUGAUUGUAAAUUUGGAUUCAGUUUAACACAAAACGGAGGUCACGUUGUGUAUCUUAUAAGCUCAUUCGAAUCUCAUAUUAAUCUUUGGUUCAGAUCUAUAUGGAGAUUUUGGCUAGUUCCUCAACAUCCACCGGAGAAAUUAAUUCUCGAAGAACAAUAUCUAAACAAAGAGAACGUGCCAAUAGCAUUUGACAAGUGCCUGAAAUUUCUCGAUACAUUCAACCAAACUGGCCUGAAUCUUUUUGGUCCCAUGCAAGAUUCUAUUCAUGAACCUACAGUAAUCAUGACUCAGAAUUCAUCGCUUGAUGAAAAACCAAAUCAAUCAAAUUCACGAAAACGCCUUCCAGGUCAUUCAGCCACAACACCAAUGCUUACAGAUAUGGACCUAUGGACACAGCAGAAUAUUCUCCAUCAAUUACGAUUCGACUCGUGGAAUGUACAUUUGUUGCCGCAAAAAUAUAAUGCUUGUCAAAUAAGCCAAUUAAUGAUGCUUUAUUUACGAUCAAUGAGCGAAUGUCUAUUCACCGAAACAUUGAUACCAUACUGGAUAAAACUGUCCAAAACAUUAAACAGAAAAGACGAGUCGGAUCAUUCUGAUUCAGAUUCAAUCAAUUCUAAAACUGAACAAAUAAAACGUCUGUUGAAAUUUUUGCCACCGGUUAAUUAUGCUUUGCUCAGACGUUUCAUCAUUUAUCUUGCCAACACAACACACAAUAAUGAAGAAUAUUCUUUGUCGACUUCAUUAUGUAAAACGCUAUUUUUUUCCAAACCGAAUAAGACACCCAUUUCGGUGUCGAUUGCACGAUCAAUAUUGAUAGCAUUGAUACAGAAUCAUGUGUGGUUAUUUGAUGUGACCAAAGAAGAGUUGGAGAAAGAAUUGCAUAUCAAACGUGUGGUCAAUCUAAUAAUUAGCCAAAAUCGUAAACAAAGUGCGAAAAAACAAUCUGGACAGAAAUUGAAAAUGAAUCGAGUUAAUAAUGCGGGUGGUGGUGAACAUAUGAUAGCAAUGGCCAAUAAAGGUUAUCAUGUUGAUGAUCGAACAAAAGUUAAUUCAUUAAUCAUCGGCAUCAAAGUGUCAACAUGGCCAGAUAAUAAGCAAACUAAUGUUAAUGUGCAUAUAAAUCGUAGCACUACAGCGAGCGAAGUAUUUGAAAUGAUUCUGGAAAAAAAUGCAACACCAAUCAAAUGUCAGACAAUUGUAGCAGAUCAGGAUGAAGCUGCCGCAUUGGUAGUUUCAAGUGGUUCAAGUGCAAAUCCAAGUGGAUCGAUCAAAUCUGUCGGAUCUACGAAUGCUAUCCGCCGUCAUCAACAACCGCAAUCAUCGACAAUAGUUAAUGUCGGUGGUGAUGGUCAUCAAAUACCAUUAUCAACAGUUUCAAACAAAUUACCCGAAUGCCAAAUAACCAAUACUACGAGUAUACCAGCUUUAACAUUCAUCGAACGACAUCGAAUCAAAUCCCGACAAAGUCAUGAACGUCGUAAUUUUGGACAAACAUUGGUAUUUAAUAGCUGGAUUGAGUUGGAUCAAUGGAUUAAAGGAUUGUUAGAAGCAAGUUCACAUAGGGAAUUGUUUGAAAUUUGAACAACUUUAUUUCAAACACAAUAAAAAUAACUUAUAUCAA